ACCGGACACAACCGGUUCAGAGCAAGCCAUAUCCUCGGCAGUGAACUUUAAGUGUAAUCUUAAGCUUGGAGUGUCCUGUUUACAGCCAGCAUACAAAGGAUCCUACUUUCUUCCAUUUGCACUGAUGGUGCUGAUACCUCUCCUCCAAAGAUGUGUCCAGCUGCUUGCACUGCCUGUCUACCUGCUGGCUUACCUGGGCUUAUGGGACCCCUUCUGUAAAAAGGUCUUCCCAUAUGCCAUGGCCAGGAUUGCUAACAUUUACAACCUCAAGUUCUUUGAGAAGAAGCAGGAGCUCUUCAGCAGCCUGAGGGAGUUUUCAGGCCCCUCAGGGGAGCUCAACCUGCUGGAGAUUGGCACAGGCUCAGGUGCCAACUUCCAGUUCUUCCCACCUGGCUGCCGGCUGACUUGUACUGACCCCAACCCCAACUUCGAGAAGUUCCUGUUGAAGAGUAUGGCUCAAAACCCGCACCUCCAGUAUGAGCACUUUGUGGUGGCUUCUGGCGAGAACCUGCACUCUGUGGCUGACGGCUCCAUGGAUGCUGUGGUUUGCACCCUGGUGCUGUGUUCAGUGAGCAGCAUUGAGAGAGUCCUGAGUGAAGUCCUGCGAGUGCUCAGGCCGGGUGGUGCUUUCUAUUUUUUGGAGCAUGUGGCUGAUGAUCCUUCCAGCUGGGGCUACUUUUGGCAACAGAUAUGCGAGCCAACCUGGAGAUAUUUGGGAGACGGAUGCUGCCUGACCAGAGAGACCUGGAAAGACCUGGAGAAAGCAAAGUUCUCUCAACUGGAGCUGUGCCACAUAAAUGGCCCAAUGAAAUGGAGCCCUGUUCUGCCUCAUAUCAUUGGAUAUGCUGUGAAAUAAUUACCUUCAUACACCGUGCAACAACAGACCCCACUUCAGUGCUGAAUAGUCUCUGUGCUUUCUUUCAGUUCUCCAUGAUUGUGGCCUCUUCACAUAGCAUCUCCUAUAUAGUAACUAUCUACCCAUUCAAAUUGCCCUGCUGGGCUUG